AUCGAACCGACGCUGGCCGCACUGGACUUCUUUUUUUUUUUCCCAAUUUCUGAUCGGGACAGCACGAUCAACGCGCUCCGGUGUCCCAACGAACCAAGCCCGCACUGCCGAUCGCGAACGAGCGACUCCACCGCCACCGCCACCCUGCGGCGGCCCACGACGUCUCUUCUGCGUUUCGCGGCCAGACAGAUGGCCGGAAGGUGAGGCCGAUCGCCUGCCGGUGGCGGCGGAGGUGACUGGGGUUAUGGAGGGCGGUGGCGCUGGCGGGGAGGUGGAUGCGGACGCGCUGGAGUACACGCCGACGUGGAUCGUCGCGGGGGUCUGCUCCCUCAUCGUGACCAUCUCCCUCGCCGCCGAACGAUGCCUCCAUUACCUCGGCAAGACGCUCAAGAGGAAGCACCAGAAGGCGCUCUUCGAGGCCCUCCUCAAGGUGAAAGAAGAGCUGAUGCUUCUGGGGUUCAUCUCUCUGCUGAUGACGGUGUCGCAAGACGUGAUCCAAAGGACAUGCAUCCCUCCCAGCUGGACCAACUACUUGCUGCCCUGCAAGAAGAUGGAGGAGCAUUCUGUUGCCGCUCUCGGCGGUCGCAGGCUGCUUCCUAGGAAUGCGCCGCGGUCCGACCAUUGCAGAAACAAGGGAAAAGUUCCUUUGCUGUCGCUCGAAGCGUUACAUCAGUUGCAUAUUUUCAUUUUUGUUCUGGCCAUCACCCAUGUGAUUUUCAGUGUUCUGACCAUGGUUUUAGGAGGCGCCAAGAUUCGCCAAUGGAAACAAUGGGAGACUGAAAUUCAUAAAAACAAUGCAGGAAACGGACCUAAGAAGUUGACCAACGUUCAACAAUUUGAAUUUAUCAGGGAACGUUUUAAUGGUGUUGGCAUGGAGUCUACGGUGUUGAGCUGGAUGCAUUCUUUUGUUAAGCAGUUUUAUGCGUCAGUCACUAAAUCGGACUACGCGACCAUGCGACUCGGUUUCAUCAUGACGCAUUGCCGAGGAAACCCAAAAUUUGGCUUUCACAGAUACAUGGUGCGGGCUCUGGAGGCUGAUUUCAAGAAGGUAGUUGGCAUAAGGUGGUACCUGUGGAUAUUCGUGGUGAUAUUCAUGUUGCUGAACGUCAAUGGCUGGCACACCUACUUCUGGAUCUCCUUCCUUCCUCUCAUCCUGCUGCUGGCCGUGGGCACGAAGCUGGAGCACGUGAUAGCUCAGCUGGCGCACGACGUCGCGGAGAAGCACUCGGCGAUCGAGGGCGACCUGGUGGUGAACCCGUCGGACGAGCACUUCUGGUGCGGUAAGCCGAGGGUGAUCCUCUACCUGAUCCACUUCAUCCUCUUCCAGAACGCCUUCGAGAUCGCGCUCUUCUUCUGGAUCCUCACCACCUACGGCUUCAACUCGUGCAUCAUGGACCACGUCCCGUUCAUCGUGCCGAGGCUCGUCAUCGGGUGGGUGGCAAUCCAUCGUCUCACUCUUCUCAUUAUGAAGAAAAAGAAGCAAGCAAACAGCCAUGUUUUUCAAGUUCAGGCUCAAAGACAGCUGUUGGUUUUGCCCUUUGCUUGCAGGGUCGUCAUCCAGCUGCUGUGCAGCUACAGCACCCUGCCGCUGUACGCGAUCGUGGCGCAGAUGGGGACCUUCUUCAACAAGGAGAUCUUCGACGAGCACAUCCAGCAGGGGCUGGUGGGGUGGGCGCAGAAGGCCAGGAUGAGGACAGAGUUAUCCAAGGAUGCUGCUGCCGCAGCCGCGGCCGGACCCACCAGGCACGGCGCGUCCUCCCGGCUGGAGAUGCUGCGGCGAGCCGCCGCCAUGAUGCAGUGCCGCCGCUCACUGCCAAGGUAGAUUGAAGUGUCAUGUAUCAGU